GAACUGAACGCCUUUCCCUGCCGGAAGUGGUUGAGGAGCUGUGGGCCGGGCUGGGAGAGGGCGCCGUUAGGUCCUCGCGCCCGGGUGAGAGGGCAGAUGGGGGAGGCCUUGCCUUAGUGCGGCCGGGCUGCUCUAGAGCGGCGUGAGGAGGAGGAGGAGCCGACCCUUCCGGUGCAAUAUGUUCAAGAGAAUGGCUGAGUUUGGGCCUGACUCCGGAGGGAGAGUGAAGGGUGUUACUAUUGUGAAACCUAUAGUUUAUGGAAAUGUUGCACGCUAUUUUGGGAAGAAGCGGGAAGAGGAUGGACACACACAUCAGUGGACGGUUUAUAUUAAACCUUAUAGAAAUGAGGAUAUGUCUGCCUACGUAAAGAAAAUUCAGUUUAAGCUGCAUGAAAGCUAUGGUAAUCCAUUAAGAGUUGUAACGAAACCACCUUAUGAAAUCACUGAAACUGGAUGGGGUGAAUUUGAAAUCAUCAUUAAAAUAUUUUUUAUUGAUCCUAAUGAGAGACCUGUGACCCUGUACCAUUUGUUAAAGUUGUUUCAGUCUGAUACUAAUGCUAUCCUGGGGAAGAAAACUGUAGUUUCUGAAUUCUAUGAUGAGAUGAUUUUUCAGGAUCCUAGUGCAAUGAUGCAGCAACUCCUGACUACAUCUCGUCAGUUAACACUUGGUGCUUAUAAGCAUGAAACGGAAUUUGCCAGUGUAGAAGUAAAAACUCGGGAGAAGCUAGAAGCCGCCAAAAAGAAAACCAGUUUUGAGAUUGCUGAACUUAAAGAGAGAUUAAAAGCAAGUCGUGAAACUAUAAACUGCUUGAAAAAUGAAAUCAGGAAACUUGAAGAUGAUGAUCAGUCCAAAGAGAUAUAACACACAGAAACCUUCUAAAGAGAUUAUCAUGGAACUGAUGAUAAUGUGUUCUCAGAUUUUGUAGCGGCAACCACAUAUAAGGAUUUUAGGGAUUUCUUUGGCAGGGGGAGACAAUAUGUGCCAUUUGAUUUGUUUUUAAAUAGUAUUUUCAUAUUUAAAGAUGUUUUACCUCUUAUUUUAAAUCAUCUGACUACCUCAAAACUGAAAAAAAUCUAAAUUGCAUUUGAGGUAAAGUAUAGAACUUAACAAACAUUUGUAAUACACGUCACUGAGCCAUAUGUGAAAUCUCUGCAUAUGAUUGUUGUUAAACAUUUAGAAAUAUUGUUCCUUUCAUGAAGUCCUCAGCUGUUGACCCAGAUAGGAUGAAGUCUUCAGUGCAUAGGUAAGUAAAGUAGCAGAGCCAUCCCUAGCAAAGUUGCAUUCUUGACUUCAGUGGGUUUAGAUUAGAAUGGCACUGCAACUCUCAUGUGGCUCACCGUUCAGCAGUGUCAGAAUCAUCUGAUAGAUACUUCAUUGGACAAAGAAGAACCAUUGUUGAAUUUACAUAUGUUACACUUGUCAAAUGAUAAAUCUUACAGUUUUUGUGCUCUGUAUGAAUUGCAGAUGACAGCCUUUUUGUUUGUUGUUUUUGAGUGCUGUAAAUAAAAGUAUUUUGAGUAUGAA